AUGACUGGAGACGGCGACGGACUGCGGCGAGGCCGUCGGCGCCCUCCGCUGCCCCACCGCCCGCGCAUCGCCCACCGCACGUCCGCGCAGCGCGAACGAGCGGCGCCAGACGUGGACUGGGGGCACUCGCUGCAGCACUUUGCGGCCGUCGUGCGGGACGACCUGCGCGAGCUCUCCGCUCGCUUUGUCCACGAGAACGUCGUGACGUUUGCUGCGUGGAAACGGCUCUGGACCGAGACGCGCAUGAGUGCCGCCUUCCUCGUCGAGUUCUGGGAGAGUACGCCCACGGACGUCCACAAGACGAUCCUGCAACAGACGCUGGACGAAGCGGUCUCGCUCGUUGACGAGCACGACGGAGUGUUCGACACGGCAGCAGCCGUUGCGGCCCUCGUUGGCCGUGUGUUUGCCAUGUAUUGCGCCUACUCGGUGCAACUCGGCUCGCCCAAGCACAAAAUUGACACAGACCCGCAGGACUGGACGGCGCUGCUCACGAUUGACUGCGUCAUGGCCGGUGUGGGCGCUGCACUGCUCCCGACUGGCGCACGCCAAGCGAGAGCGAUGCUGCAUCGGCUGGUCGCGCACGAGCACGCUUUUCUUCGCUGCUUGCAGGGCUUUGGACCACGUGUUCGCGUGAAGAAGCGCCCAGCAAGGGCUGCGGUGGACGCCAGUCGAGACGUGUCGCUCCACGACGGCGCUGCGAUGGCAAAAGACGCGCUAGUCGACCGAAGCAGAGUGAAACAGCUAAGCACACUAGACAAGCGCUACCAAGACCUCGUGCGUCGAGCGCGAGCUGGGCCGUCUGUACCGAAUGCUAGCGCUGGACUAGAUGCGCGUCCGGCUAAUGUCGUCGUCUCAACAUCCCGGCUUUCCAAGCCACUAGCUCAAGGAGCAGAACAUGACGGCCAAGAACUGACCCGUGCAUUGACUUUGUACGUGGAGUACAAAGCAAACGAAGAGGCCCGCAGACGCGAUCGCGUUGCGCGCGCAGCGGCUGUGCGUGACCUCGACAGCAAGACAAGUAUGCUUGGACCGGAAGAUGAUGGCAGUGCCACAUCGGAUCUGAGCGAUCAAGGCAGUAGUAUUGUGCCUCUCCCGUCCAGUGCCAUGGCCGUAUCUCUUGCUUCCAGUCGGCGUGGGUCACACAGAAGGCAUCACAGCAGUGGCGGUAGUGAGGACGCUUUGGCUGAGCUCGAGUCUGAGCUACACGAAAACAUUCUGGGCGGCCAGGUCGAACCAAGUCGUACUCAACCACCUCGAAAGCUGAAGAGAGGCAAUUCAUCCUCAAGGUUGAGUGAAAUCAGUGAAGCAGACAGCGACGCCCUCGCCGAUCUUGAGGACGAAUUGGAGCAAAGUUGUGGCAUUGUGUCAUCGCAAACUCAGAGGGAUGAACUGCCAGGAAAGGCAAAGACGCGCACAAACCGAAAGCGUGGCAGGGACCGUGCUUCCGCCGGCAUCGUCUUGAGAAACACCAAGCCUACAGCGGUAUCCACGGCAACAUCUGCUCGGGCUCGAUUGACACCAAAACGGCCGAGAAGUGAUUCGGUGGCAAGCUCACUAUCAAUUGCAGAUUCGUGGACUGUGUCUUCGAUCGCUGACAGUGAUGGACUGGCUGCAAUCCAAGCCGAGCUCGAUGCUGUUCCUACGCUUCCGGGGUCACAGAAGAGCAAGUCUACUCCCCGUCGUCUCACUGAUCAUCAGGCGCCACCAGUCGAGUUGAGGAGCAGUGCAGUGCACGAUUCGACAGCAAAACCAAAAGCCAAGCAAGUGGCUCGGCAAACUGCUGACCGUGCAAGUGGAAGGUGUACAGCCUCUGUUCAGCCCAAGAAGUGUGAGCUGUCGUCAACGAACCAGCGCGCAAAGGGCAAGCCAAGAGCAUUGUCACUGCUUUCGGACAGCAGCGAGUGUAAAGGUCAGCCUGAAGCAGAAGUCGACUUGACUACCAGCUUUUGCACGUCUAUCGCAGACAGACCCCGGAGAUCGUCUCGAUUGGUGUCUGCGGCAUCAGAAACUGGGAGCGACGCCAUCGAUGAGCUGGAGAGAGAACUCAACGCCAGUGCGGCAACUCUCACUGCAAUCGCGCCAUCACCGAUGCCAGCAUCAACCAGGCAGGCACCACGCAAGCGAGCGGCUGUACCAUCAAAGCGUGCCGGUGAACGUACAUACACUCGAAGUAGCGCGAAGAAGUUACGACUUCGUGAGGCGACCACGUCAGUUGCAGAUGGCCAACCUUCGUCUGCUCAGACGUUUCGCGCGACUGAAGGCACGCAGCGUGCAGUGCCGAUUGCACGCCAGGGAUCUUCUCGAAUAAGUUCCGUCAUGUCAGAUACCGAGAGUGAUGGACUGGCAGAUUUGAUGGCAGAACUCGACACCAUCGCCACGGUCCGAACAACAAGUACUCGACCACGUCAAGAGAAGGACGCUCAUGCUACAAGUGUCAACACGCGCUCUACAGCUCGGGAGAAGUCACUUGUUUUGCCGGGUCCAGGCGUGUCUCACUCCGGUACAGCUCGAUCGGUGAUUCCAUCCUCUACCGUGACACCAUCUGACGCCGUCAGCCCGCCACGACGUUCCGCUCGUUUGAGCUCAUUGGCCGCAUCAGAUACUGAGAGCGACGGCGUAGGCGAGUUACCAUCAGACACCGCUAGUCUUCUGCGACGCUCUGCUCGUUUGAGUUCCCUGGCAGCAUCCGAUACUGAGAGCGAUGGCGUAGAAGACUUGAUAGCUGAACUUGAAAGAGGUCCAGCUGGGAAUCGUGUGAUGACGAGCACAAAGAAGCCCAAGGCACGAGUACGAGCGACUCGAAGGCAAUCAACUCGUGCGUCGGGAGUGAAGCCGAGGCAAAACCGAGCGAAAAAAGAACCGAAAGCAGUUCGCGAUCCCCGUGUCGGGACUCGGCAAGCAGCUCCACGAAAGUCAGCUGCCAUGCUUUCCACUCUUGAGCACCCGACUGCACCAAGAAACUUGCCCAGCUCUCGACGGUCUACUCGAUCAAGUUCGGUAGCCUUUGACAGCAAUAGUGAAGAUUUAGCGGAACUGGAAGCCGAGUUGCAAGCUGGAUACGCCCGACGCUAG